GGUGAAAUUACGCGAACCAGUGAGCAGGCAGCGGAGGAGGGAGGGCAUAAGGAAGAAGAGGAGAAAAAAAAGCUAGAAAGAAAGUAGAGAGAAAGAGAGGGAGGAAGCGAGCAACUGUAGUUUAGCCUGAACUCUCUGCGAAGCUGCUGUCGACAAGAAAAGAAGUUGAACCCAAGGCGACGCUGACUGAACCACCUGGUUGUUGUUAGCCACCCACCAACAGGAAAGGAAAGGCGUCCUGCAACCAAAAAGCAGCUAACAUGUCAGCCGCAGACAAGUUCCUGUACGUGGACCGUAACCUGGUCAACAACCCGCUGGCACAAGCCGACUGGGCCACCAAGAAGCUGGUAUGGGUGCCAUCAGAGCGCCUGGGCUUCGAGGCGGGCUCAGUGAAGGAAGAGCGUGGCGAUGAGUGCGUGGUCGAGCUGGCAGACUCUGGGAAGAAGAUCAGGGUGAACAAGGAUGACAUCCAGAAGAUGAACCCGCCCAAAUUCAGCAAGGUGGAGGACAUGGCCGAGCUCACGUGUCUGAACGAGGCGUCUGUGCUGCACAACCUGAAGGAGAGAUACUACUCUGGACUCAUAUAUACAUACUCCGGUCUCUUCUGUGUCGUCAUAAACCCCUACAAGAACCUGCCCAUCUACUCAGAGGAGAUUGUUGAUAUGUACAAGGGCAAGAAAAGACAUGAAAUGCCACCACACAUAUACGCCAUCACUGACACAUCCUACAGAAGCAUGAUGCAGGAUCGUGAAGACCAGUCCAUCCUUUGCACUGGAGAAUCUGGUGCUGGUAAGACAGAGAACACCAAAAAAGUCAUCCAGUAUCUGGCUCAUGUUGCCUCCUCUCACAAGACCAAGAAAGAUCAGAACAGCUCGGUCCUGUCACAUGGGGAGCUGGAGAAGCAGCUGCUGCAGGCUAACCCCAUCCUUGAAGCCUUUGGAAAUGCAAAGACGGUCAAAAAUGACAACUCCUCUCGUUUUGGGAAAUUUAUCAGGAUCAACUUUGACGUCAAUGGUUACAUCGUUGGUGCCAAUAUUGAGACUUAUUUGUUGGAGAAAUCUCGUGCCAUCCGACAGGCCAAAGACGAGAGAACCUUUCACGUAUUCUACUACAUGCUGACAGGAGCUGGAGACAAGCUGCGCAAUGAACUCCUCCUGGAGAAUUACAACAACUACCGUUUCCUCUCCAAUGGGAACGUUACCAUCCCAGGGCAGCAGGACAAGGACCUGUUCCAAGAGACACUGGAGGCCAUGAAGAUCAUGGGCAUCCCAGAGGAUGAGCAGAUAGGUUUGUUGAAGGUGGUGGCUGCUGUGCUGCAGUUCGGUAACAUGAGCUUCAAGAAGGAGCGUCACACAGACCAAGCCUCCAUGCCUGACAACACCGCUGCUCAGAAGGUGUGCCACCUCAUGGGCAUGAACGUCACAGACUUCACCAGAGCCAUCCUGUCACCCAGGAUCAAAGUGGGCCGAGACUUUGUCCAGAAGGCCCAGACCCAGGAGCAGGCAGAGUUCGCCGUGGAGGCUCUGGCCAAGGCCACGUACGAGAGGAUGUUCCGCUGGCUCGUCAUGAGGAUCAACAAAGCCCUGGACAAAACCAAGAGGCAGGGGGCGUCCUUCAUCGGCAUCCUGGACAUCGCUGGCUUUGAGAUCUUUGAGCUGAACUCCUUCGAACAGCUGUGCAUCAACUACACCAACGAGAAGCUGCAGCAGCUCUUCAACCACACCAUGUUCAUCCUGGAGCAGGAGGAGUACCAGAGGGAGGGCAUUGAGUGGAGCUUCAUCGACUUCGGCCUGGACCUGCAGCCCUGCAUCGACCUCAUCGAGAAACCUGCCAGCCCCCCUGGUAUCCUCGCUCUGCUGGAUGAGGAGUGCUGGUUUCCCAAAGCCACAGACAAGAGCUUUGUGGAGAAGGUUCUCCAGGAGCAGGGCACGCACCCCAAGUUCUUCAAGCCCAAGAAACUGAAGGAUGAGGCUGAUUUCUGCAUUAUCCAUUAUGCUGGCAAGGUGGACUACAAAGCAGACGAGUGGCUGAUGAAGAACAUGGACCCUUUGAAUGACAACGUGGCCACGCUGCUCAACACGUCCACUGACAAGUUCGUCUCUGAGCUGUGGAGGGACGUGGACCGCAUCGUGGGUCUGGAUAAGGUGUCCGGCAUGUCUGAGCCCGGUGCCUUUAAGACUCGUAAGGGAAUGUUCCGCACCGUGGGCCAGCUGUACAAAGAGCAGCUGUCUAAACUCAUGGCCACUUUGAGGAACACAAACCCCAACUUUGUACGCUGCAUCAUCCCCAACCACGAGAAAAAGGCUGGCAAACUGGACCCCCACCUGGUUCUGGAUCAGCUGAGGUGUAAUGGUGUGCUGGAGGGGAUCCGUAUCUGCAGACAGGGCUUCCCCAACCGAAUCGUCUUCCAGGAGUUCAGACAGAGGUAUGAAAUCCUCACUCCCAAUGCGAUCCCCAAAGGCUUCAUGGAUGGAAAACAGGCCUGUGUGCGCAUGAUCAAUAGCCUGGAGCUGGAUUCCAACCUGUACCGGAUCGGUCAGAGUAAGGUGUUCUUCAGAGCCGGAGUCCUUGCUCACCUUGAGGAGGAGAGAGACAUGAAGAUCACCGACAUCAUCAUCAGUUUCCAGGCUUGGUGCAGAGGCUACGUCGCCCGCAAGGCUUUCGCCAAGAGACAGCAGCAACUGACUGCAAUGAAGGUGAUACAGAGAAACUGUGCUGCUUACCUGAAACUCAGAAACUGGCAGUGGUGGAGGCUUUUCACUAAGGUGAAGCCCCUGCUCCAGGUCAGCAGGCAGGAGGAGGAGAUGAUGGCUAAGGAUGAAGAGCUGACAAAGGUGAAGGAGAAGCAUCUGCACGCUGAGCAGCAAAUCCGGGACAUGGAAGAAAAACAGCAGCAGCUGGCUGCUGAGAAGAUGGCCCUGCAGGAGCAGCUCCAAGCAGAAACAGAACUGUGCGCUGAGGCUGAGGAGAUGAGAGCCCGCCUGGCUGCCAGGAAGCAGGAGCUUGAGGAGAUCCUGCACGACCUGGAGGCCCGUGUGGAGGAGGAGGAGGAGCGAGCCUCACAUCUGUCAACAGAGAAAAAGAAGAUGCAGCAAAACAUCACAGACCUGGAGCAGCAGCUGGAUGAAGAGGAGGCAGCCAGACAGAAGCUCCAGCUGGAGAAGGUCACACUGGAGGCCAAGAUGAAGAAGGUAGAAGAAGAUGUGAUGGUUCUAGACGACCAAAACAACAAACUCAACAAGGAGAAGAAGCUGCUGGAGGAGAGGAUCUCCGAGUUUACCACCAACCUGGCUGAAGAAGAAGAGAAAUCCAAGAGUCUGCAGAAACUCAAGACCAAACAUGAGGCCAUGAUCACAGACCUGGAGGACCGCCUGCGCAGGGAGGAAAAGCAGCGCCAGGAGCUGGAAAAGAACCGCCGCAAGCUGGAGGGCGACUUCACUGAUGUGCACGACCAGAUCGCUGAGCUGCAGGCCCAGAUUGCUGAGCUUCGAGCCCAACUGGCCAAGAAGGAGGAAGAGCUCCAGGCAGCUCUUGCAAGGAUUGAGGAGGAGGCCGCCCAGAAGAACAUGGCCCAGAAAAAGAUCCGUGAGUUAGAGGCUCAGCUCUCUGAACUGCAGGAGGACUUGGAGCUGGAGAGAGCGAACCGCAUGAAGGCAGAGAAACACCGCAGAGAUCUGGGAGAGGAGCUGGAGGCCCUUAAGACUGAGCUGGAGGACACUCUGGACUCCACUGCUGCUCAGCAAGAACUCAGGACCAAGCGAGAAACCGAGGUGGCUCAUCUUAAGAAAACUCUGGAUGAUGAAGCCAAAGUCCACGAGCAGCAGCUGCUUGAAAUGAGACAGAAACAUAGCCAGGCCUUUGACGAGCUCAAUGAGCAGCUGGAGCAGGCCAAGAGGAACAAAGUGUCCACGGAGAAGGCCAAGCAGGCUCUCGAGUCCGAGAGGAACGAGCUGGCCAUUGAGCUGCAAACGCUGUGUCAGGGCAAGGGAGAGUCGGAGCAUCGCAGGAAGAAGGCUGAAAGCCAGGUCCAGGAGCUGCAGCUCAAACAUUCAGAGAGUGAGCGUCAGAGGCUGGAGCUGGCUGAGAAACUCUCCAAAACGCAGGCUGAGCUGGAUAAUGUCAACCUUAUGUUGAGUGAGGUGGAGAGCAAGUCCAUCAAGGCAACCAAAGACUGCUCCGCUGUGGAGUCCCAGCUGCAGGAUGUUCAGGAGCUACUCCAAGAAGAGACCCGCCAGAAACUGUCCCAGAGCUCACGCGUACGUCAGAUGGAGGAUGAAUUUAACAACCUGAGGGAGCAGCUGGAAGAGGAAGAGGAGGCCAAGAGAAAUGUGGAGAAGCAGCUUCAGAUGGUGCAGGCUCAGCUCACCGAGAUGAGGAAGAAGGUAGAGCAGGACGCUGGCUGUCUGGAGAGCGCAGAAGAAGGAAGGAAGAGAGUUUUGAGGGAUCUUGAGUCGACAAACCAGCGCCUGGAGGAGAAAUGUUGUGCCUAUGAUAAACUGGACAAAACCAAGACACGUCUGCAGCAGGAGUUGGAUGACUUGCUGGUGGACCAGGAUCAUCUCAGACAGAUCGUCUCCAACCUGGAGAAGAAGCAGAAGAAGUUCGACCAGAUGCUGGCCGAGGAGAAGAACAUUUCAGCCCGCUAUGCAGAGGAGCGUGACCGAGCCGAGGCUGAGGCCAGAGAGAAGGAGACCAGAGCACUGGCUCUGACCCGUGAGCUCGACUCUCUCAUGGACAUCAAGGAGGAACUGGACCGCAACAACAAGCUUCUGAGGGCUGAAAUGGAGGACCUCGUCUCCUCGAAGGACGACGUCGGCAAGAACGUCCACGAGCUGGAGAAGUCCAAGCGUGCAACGGAGCAGCAGCUGGAGGAGAUGAAGACUCAGCUAGAGGAGCUGGAGGACGAGCUGCAGGCCACUGAGGAUGCCAAGCUGCGCCUGGAGGUCAACAUGCAGGCCAUGAAGGCUCAGUAUGAGAGAGACCUGGCAGGACGGGACGAGAUGGGCGAGGAGAAGAAGAGAGCGCUCGUCAAACAGGUGCGAGAGAUGGAGAUGGAGCUGGAGGACGAGAGGAAGCAGCGCUCUGCUGCCGUGGCCGGACGCAAGAAGCUGGAGCUGGACCUGAAGGAGCUGGAGGCAGGCAUUGACAUGGCCAACAAGAACCGUGAAGAGGCUCUGAAACAGCUGAAGAAACUCCAAGCCCAGAUGAAGGAGCUGGUCCGGGAGCUGGAUGACACCCGAAUGUCCAGAGAGGAGAUCCUCGCUCAGAGCAAAGAGUCUGAGAAGAAGGUGAAGAGCAUGGAGGCCGACAUGAUCCAGAUGCAGGAGGAAGUGGCAGCUGCAGAGAGAGCAAAGAGACAGGCUCAGCAGGAGAGAGAAGAGAUGGCUGAUGAGCUCAACAACUGGAACACCAAGAAUGCUCAGGCUGUAGAGGAGAGGAGACGACUGGAGGCUCGUAUUGCUCAGCUGGAGGAGGAGCUGGAGGAGGAACAGUGCAACACAGAACUGGUCAAUGACAGGCUGAAGAAAUCGAUGCUGCAGUCUGACCAGAUGAACGUGGAGCUGACGGCAGAGCGCAGUAACUCCCAGCGUGUCGAAGGCGCUCGUUCUCAGCUCGAUCGUCAGAACAAGGAGCUGAAACUGAAGCUGCAGGAGCUGGAGGGAACUGUCAAAUCCAAGUACAAAGCCAACAUGGCCGCUCUGGAGGCAAAGAUCGCUCAGCUGGAGGAACAGCUGGACAUCGAGACAAGGGAGAGGCAGAAUGCCAGCAAGAUCGUGAGACGUACGGAGAAAAAGCUGAAGGAGGUCAUUCUGCAGGUGGACGACGAGAGACGCAACACGGAGCAGUACAAAGACCAGGUGGACAAGCUGAACUCUCGCAUGAAGCAGUUGAAGCGUCAGCUGGAGGAGGCUGAGGAGGAGGCUCAGAGAGCCAACGCCAACCGAAGGAAACUGCAGAGAGAGCUGGAGGACGCCACCGAGUCCGCAGACGCCAUGAACCGAGAAGUCACCACCCUCAAGAACAAGCUCAGGCGUGGCGACAUGCCCUUCACCAUCCGCACCACCCGCACCGUUGCCCGCACCGGCCCAGAGAGCGACGAGGAGAGCGAGGCGAAGAGCGAGACCUCCGAGUCCAAACCUGAAUGAGAAGCCGACAAAAAAACAAACUGCAUCAUACAUGACAGACCCGAUCACAUGAGCUCACAUUACUGUACCUACUGACCGCGGAGGGACACAUUUUAAAACUAAGGACAGUCUGAUCUAAACAACUCGACAAUCUAUGCAUCCUUAACACAAACACACACGCCAGUAAACUCGGACAAUCACCAUGCUGACAAACAUUUAUUUUUGGGCCAAAUUUUUUUUUCUUUUGCUUCAUUUUUCGUUCUCUGGGAAAAAAUAAAGAAAGAAAAUGAUAUUUUUAUAAGGAAACAUUCCGAUUCUGAAUAGUCCUGAUGUAGGAUCUAUUUUUCUAAUUGAAGAAAGAGAAAACUAAGAAAGAAGUUCUACGUAAAUGAAGACAGAUUACCAGAAGGGGACCAAAGUAAUAUCUCGAUCUAUAGAAUUGUAUUUUAUGCAGACGUUUUUAUAAAGGUUAAAAAUGGAAGUGCUUCGUGUUUAUUAUUCUCGCGCUCUCGCCUAUAAUGAAGGUUUAUAUGCUGAAAUGUAUUCUAUCGAUUUAGCUGCAGUUAGUACUCGUGACUUUGCUUUUGGGCUUAACAAUGUGAUGCACACAUUUCAUACAGAAACAAAAUCCCAGGCUGAAUUCAGGUAACAAAUUCUGAAGCAUAUUGAAGGCGUUUAUUUGAUUAUGAAUGUGCUGAAAUUUCUCAAUUUUGCACUGAGAUUGAAAACAAAAAGCCUUGAUGGAAACCACUGCCUUCAUAAAACCACGACGAAGGAGCUAGGAGUGCCAACACACUAAGGCCUUAAAUGCAUCUGAAUUCUUCCGUUCAGGGUUGUUGGCUUUUUAUCCGGACGUGUGUUUAUUAUUUUUUUAUGUUCAUCACUAUCAGUGUUUCUGUUCAUGUCUACGGUGAAUUUAAACGGGGUGGAGGGGUUGGUAUUACUCGGCACACACUGUAUUCUCAGAGCACGGCUUGUUGAGGGGGAAAAAAGCCAGUAAUUUGCGUAUAAACGGUUAAAAAUUAUCAUGAGACGACGGCGCUAACCCCACACAGGCUGUGCUAAGGGGGCGGCUUUCUGCUCACACUGCUGGGAAGUGAGAGGAACGUGUAAACUCGCAAAUUUAAUCCUUUCGCACUUAAAAAAAUCCAGAAAAAGAGGAGAAUAAAAACCUGCAUCUCCAACAAUUCUUCUAUGAUGUUUGUCUGCACCUCUGGAAUGGAUCUCAUGUUGUGAAAUGUUGGUGUUAUUGCAAAUAAAGAGGCUUUCUAAACUGCUA